AUGACCAUGGCAAACAUGUCAAACAUGGAAAAUAUGGCAAGUAUGGCAAAUAUGACGAAUACGGAGCUGCCCAAAUCCACCGUCGUGGUGCCUUUGUACAUCUAUCCAUUGGAUUCGGAAACAUGGUCUCCACUCUAUGCAGCCAUCGAAUCCAAUCCUGACUUGGAGUUCCUCGUCAUCAUCAACCCAAACAGUGGCCCAGGCGAAUCGCCUCUCCCAGAUGCCAAUUAUUCCCGAGAAAUCCCCCGUUUGAAUGGUUACCCCAACGUGUACACCGUAGGCUACAUUCGAAUCGACUACUGCAAGAAGCCCCGCUCGACAACCUAUGCCGAGAUUGACCAGUACGCGGGUUGGUCGGCCCAGUACUCAUCCACCGGGCUGGGGGUCCAAGGGAUCUUCGUCGACGAGACCCCAAACCACUUCACGUCCGAUCGAGCCGAUUAUCUACGCGAACUGACCAAGUUCAUCAAGAACAAUCCGGGAAUUCUCGCCGAUCGAUUUGUGGUCCACAAUCCCGGGACCCCACCGGACGUAGAGAUUAGCGAGUCCGCGGAUAUGUUUUUUAUCAGUGAGGAACCGUACCCACGCUACCGAUCCGAUGAGGUCCAAAAAUGGCUGGGGCGGUUCAAAUAUGAUCGGAACAGGUCCGGUGUGAUGAUCAAUGAGGUCCCAUUGGAUGAGCUGGAGACGCUGGUUCAUGAACUGCGCGGCAAAGCUGCCUAUAUUUUUGUGACAGAGGUUGCAGGUGAUUUCUAUGAGCGAUUUGGACCCCACAGUUGGGGGGCUCUGAUGAAGGCUCUGCAGUCUUGA